ACAUUGAUGAGUCUUCCCUCGACAAUCCGGAUCCUGGUUAGUUUCUCUCUCGAGACACUAUUUCCUCCGGUGAUAACCCGAAUCUGGCCUUGGAUUAUGCCACGAAAUCGAUCGAGAAGUGUUCGGGUCCGGAUUUGGAGCUGGCUAUGAGCUUUCACAUUCUGGCGGUGAUUUAUACUAGCUUGAGAAGGUUUGAGGAAGCGGUUCUGAUCUUGGAGCUGUCCAUCGAGGUGCCGGUUUUCAGAAAUGGGUCGGAUCAUGCGCUGGCGAAGUUUUCCGGGUGUAUGCAUUUAGGGGACAAGUACUCCAUUUUGGGUCAAUUAGACCAAUCCAUUAAGUUCUAUGACUCUGUCUGGAGGAUCCAGAUUGAAGCUCACGGGGAUUUGGAUGCUAGAGUUGCUGAGACUUGCAGGUAUUUAGCUGAGGCCAAUGUUCAAGCGACGCAAUUCGACGAAGCUGAAAAUCUAUGCAGGAAGGCCCUUGAAAUCCACAAUGAGCACUGUGCACUGACAUCCCUUGAAGACGUGGCUGACCACCAGCUUAUGGCUCUUGUGUAUGAGGCAAAGGCUGACUAUGAAUCUGCCCUUGAGCACCUUGUCCUUGCUAGCAUGUCAAAGAUAGCUGACAAUCAAGCAAAUGAGUCGGCUAAUGAUAUUAGGAUUGGCAACAUUUAUUCGUCCCUUUGCAGAUUUGAUGAGGCAAUUUUUGCCUAUCAGAAGGCACUUACAGUAUUUAAAUCCAUAAAAGGCAAAAAUCACCCUUCUGUAGAUUGUAGAAUCAGUCUUUAUUCAUCUUACUGAUCUCUAUUACAAGAUAGGCAAGGUAAGGGAAUCCAAAUUCUAUUCUGAGAAUUCCUUGAGGAUAUAUUCAAAACCUGUACCUGGGACUACAUCAGAGGAAAUUGUUGGCUGAUUAACUGAAGUGUUGGGCAUUUAUGGGGAAGCUCGAAAGCUCUUUCAAGAGUUCUGUGAAAAAGCUCCAUGCUAGCGGGGAGAACCAAUCCGCUUUCUUUGGAAUUGUAUUCUAACCAGAUGGGACUAGCAAAUGUGCAACUGUACAGAAUAGAUGAGGCCAUAAAGUUAUU